AUGAGCGGGUUUUCUGAUGAUAAAAAGGAGAAGCCAGCAGCAGCCAUGUUACCACCAGAAGCCCCCAAGACAAUCGCUUCCAUGGAAACGCAGUCUAGUAGCGGCGGCGGCGGCGGUAGAAAAGGCCGGAAACGCAACCGCAAAAUCUGUAUCUGCGUCACUCUCCUCAUCCUCCUCCUCAUCUUUCUAGUCAUCCUCGUCUUAGCCCUUACUCUGUUCAAACCCAAACGACCAAUCACAACCAUAGAUUCCGUCACCGUGGAGCGGCUUCGAGCUUCCGUCGACGCGCUGAAUUUCAAGGUCGUCGUGAACCUAACGCUCCACGUGGAUCUCUCCCUGAAGAACCCUAACCGCGUCGGGUUCAGCUACGGUCCUUCGUCGGCUCUGCUUAAUUACAGAGGCCAAUUGAUCGGCGAAGCGCCUCUCCCGGCGAGCCGACUCGCGCCGCAGAAAACGCAGCCGAUGAACCUAACGCUGACGCUAAUGGCGGAUCGAUUACUCUCCGAAUCGCAGCUUCUCUCUGACGUCAUGGGUGGCGUCAUCCCGCUCAACACAUUCGUCAAGAUCUCCGGCAAAGUAAGCGUCCUCAACAUCUUCAAGUUUAAAGUCCAGUCGUCUUCUUCCUGCGAUCUCAUCAUCUCUGUUCCAAAUCGUAACGUCACGAGUCAACACUUUUCUGGUAUCAUAUGUUUCAUUAUCCUUCUUAUAUUCAUCACUGCCUUGAUCCUGUCAUUGACCGUUUACAAACCGAAAAGCCCGAUCAUUCGGAUCCAAUCCGCCACCGUGCAAGGCGUCACGUCGCGUAUAUCUUUACCAGUUGAUAUCCACGUCAAUUUCACGCUUAGCCUCCAGGUUCUUGUGAAGAAUCGCAACAGUGUGAGUUUCAAACACGAGUCAGGGAAGACAGUAGUUUUGUACAGAGAGAAGCAAGUCGGUGAUGUCGAUCUUCCCGCGGGGACUUUCCCGGCAAAAGCUUCGUCGACCCUGCCUUGUCGUCUCACUCUCCAGAUCGAUAAGUUUGCUGCGGAUUUAACCGGCGUCAUGCGAGAUGUAUUGGGCGGGAAGAUUGUGUUGGAAACGAAGACGAAGAUCCCAGGGAAAGUCAAGUUGUUGGGAAUCUUCAACAAAAAAUUGGUUGCUAUUUCAGACUGUAAUAUCACAUUGGACUUCCCUUCCAUGAAAGUGCAGAAUCAAGAAUGUGGUAUGAGCACUAAGCUAUGA